AUGAUUUUCAAGUGUGCAUUAGCGAUAUGGCUACGCUCUUUAACUGUAGAAAUCUCUUAUGUGUCCAGCACAGGUGAAGUUGUGAGCCGUAAAUACUGGAAAAUGUUUUACGUUUUUUGGAAUGCAUCGUCGCGAAAAGCUUCGUAAAUGUAAACAUUUUUGAGAAGAACUUUAAAUUUGCAAUGCUAAUAAAUUUGUACCCAUAAAUCCAUUAGGUCCCAUCGUUCAUGGUUUAUACUUUUCAAGCGACAACGAUUUUUCAAUCAGGUGUAUAGUAAGUAGCAAGUAAAGUGUAGUUUAUGUUAUAGAGUCAGACGCUUCUAGAUUUUAGUCGGUUAAAUGUGUGUAGUUGUAUACGUAAUCGAUGCCGAAAAGCUGAACAUAAAUGUCCGGCCGAGAUUAUUAGCCAAUCAGAUUUGGCUACUUUGUCACUAAACACAAUAGGUUUACUGACCAAGCGCAAGCAAAUUGCGCAAGCACGAAAUCUUAGAUGGCAUUUUUAUCAACCCGAGAAGACCAUGAAAAAACGAAAAUAGAAAAGAAAAGAAGGACAAUAUCGAACGUAUCUUAACCGAAAACCCCGGUCAUAAUUUUUUUAUGGCAUGGCCAAGACAGUUGUUGUUGUUCUUCUUCUUACAAGGACAAAGCGGAGAAUCUUGGUAAAUAAGGGCCAUGUGACCCGUUAGGUAGCCAAUCAGAAGGCACAAAUCGCUCUGUCUUGCCAGCAUAUAUAAUGAUAGACAGCAAAGGAAAGUAUUUCAGUUCCACCCUCUUUUCACGGGAGUCAUUCUAUUUUAUUUUAUAAUUCAAGACAUGAAGAUUUUGGUCGCAGUAAUCGCUUUGUUUGUCGUGAAGCAAAUUGGUAAGUCGUUGCCUCGAUAAAAUUUUAUAUUUGAAAGCUUAUUCCUAACGAAACUUCAUUAACUACCCGGUGGACUCCAAGGUAAGAAAACUAACAACGUAUAUCUUACUAACACUGCAAGGCAAAUUGCUGAAAGUCUUUCCACAAAAAUUUGUCUUCUUCUCCACAGCCGCUGGCCCAGCGCAAUGUUACUAUUGCUUAGAAAGUGAUUCAGCGACUUGUUCCGCAAAUCAGCGAGUGCAGACUUGUGCGACUGACGCAAGUUCACUUGGUACAACUCACUGUGGCUCGGCAGCUGGAAAAUACCGCGACAGGCUUGGAAAUAUCAGCGUUGGGGUCGUCCGAGGAUGCAUCAACUGUGCUGGUAUUAAUUUUUCUUUUAAACUAAGUAUAAGUAAAAAGAAAGAAGGCAAAAGUUUGCCGACGGUGGACAAAAACCCUAUAUGUCAGACUUGGUUUAUGUAGCUAAUUUUCAAUUUGUUUUUCUGAACUGCUUGUUCCAGACAAAUCACAAGCGUGUGGACUUAUUGAUGGCGCUCUUAAAGCAGACAGACAAUGGACUGUUCUACAGUGUGAGAUCGAGUGCUGCACCGGAGAUAAAUGCAACACGGGGACUGUUCCAACUUUGCCUACGCCUGGUUCAGGUAAUAAUAACGCGAAAAAAAAUCUUUACUGGGAACAUAUCAAGGUAUAAGAAACAACUUGACUGAAAUAAUUCAGUAACAAGUUAAAACUUGGACCACUGGAGAAAUUUGCAAAAUUCUGUAUUACGCUGCGUAGUCUGCGGUGCAUGUGAAAUUGGGUAAUAAUUACUCCUUAUCGUUUGUGAGACAAAUUUGGGUGGACAACACUUGACUAACUGCCAUGUAAAUUCUGUAUAGCGGGCAUAAAAAAAACCGGACAAAUUAGUAAUGAUAUGUUUACCAUCAUUCUGAAGUUUAACCAUACAUAGUCCGUUUUUUUUCUUUGCGAUAUCAUGAGUAUCGCAGUGACGCAAUAUCUUUGGGUCAGGAUACGGACAUUCAGAAGUUCACUUUAAGUGUGUUCCAGGAACACUGAACAUCUCUAUCAUGACAUCUUUCUGAUGAUAUGCUUGGGCCGCUUAUGACUGAAAGCUAGGAGUAACUUUGUGUUUAUGAAUCAACCAUUCUUUCUGAAUCAGUUUGCGCAUCUGGCCUUGUCUGAAUGAGAGCAUGAAAGGUUUGUAAGGUUCUCUGUUUGGCGUGUAAAUCUGUGAAUGGGCUCCUGGUUUAAGUUUGCCUAUUGUUCUCCUCGCCUUAUACUUGUUGCGACUUCCACCAAUACUACUUAGCACUGUGAAAAUACCGAAGACGAAGAAUGAAUAUCUUGAAGGACUACGAUUCAUUGACAUUCCUAUCAAUGACUCAGAUGAUACCACUUCACGCUUGGGUUCACUUGGGUUUGACUGCUCCUUUUCAAUAAAACGUGUCUCUUAACAAAUAGAGCGGGAGAGUUUUUAGCACGCUCCGGUGGACUCGGGUGAAAUCACAAUAAAACUGCUAAAAAAAUUUCUUUCAUAAUAAUCUUGCGGUGGCUCAAAAGGAAAUCACACUUCCCAGAAAUCAGAACAAUUCUAAGAAUAUAGAAACACUUCCCGUAAUCCGAAACUUUUCCAAGAACCCAGAUGCACUUCCCAGAAUCCAAACCAGUUCUCAAAAUUUGUAACAAUUCCCAGAAUCCAGAGCACUUCCGAGAAAACGAAACAUUUCCCAGAAUCCAAGCCACUUCCUAAAAUGCGAAACAGUUCCAAGAAUCAUUUAAUAUCUACCCUAGCUGUCAACUUCCAAAGCAAACAGUCUCUCGGCCCUGCCAGAUUUAGGCCCACCUAUAACCUAGUGAGCUUUCCCUUUUUAUCCACACCAGCUUACAGAACAAACCUUUUGAAAAAAACGGAAUGCAAAAAUGUGAAAUGAGGGGUUAGAUUCUUUAAUAAUUUGACAUGUGGAUAAAUACACUUAUCGAUUAAACAAGAAUUUUAAUUGGUGUAAAAUGUAUAUAAUAAUAUAUUCAGCAUACAACGAAUUUUUAUUUGUUUUUCUGCUAUCUUAUAUUGUUCUUUUAGGUAGCAACACCAAUUACUACGUCACUCCCGUCUUAAUUGUAGUACUGCAUAAUUUUUCUGUAAUUUCGCUGUCUUCCUAAUAACCCUGAUGAAGACUGGUAUUGGUCAGUCGAAAAAAUUUAACUCUAGUCUAUUCACGUUAUUUGAUCAAUCCUUGCAGUUGUCUUUUUGACAAAAAUUUAUAGUGUACAAUGUAUUAGGCUGUUUCGAAAUAAGCCAUGCACAUGCGCUUGAUCAAACAACGAUCGCGAGAGAGCAAAAAAAUUUAAAAAAAUUAUAAACUCCAGUGAAUUUGCCGUCCAUAAUAACUUGUACAAACAUUUUUAGCUUUUCCAACAGUUGCUGGACCAGCACAAUGUUACUAUUGCAUGGAAAAUGAUCCAGCAACAUGCUCUAAAAAUCAACAAGUUCAGACUUGUGCCACCGACCCGGGUUCUCUUGGUACAACUCACUGUGGCUCUGCAGCUGGAAAGUAUCGCGACAAGGAUGGAAGUAUCAACAAUGGAUUCGUUCGAGGAUGCAUUAACUGUGCAGGUAAGUUAGUAAAACAUAGCUUUUAACUGCAAAUUGAAUAUUAAACGAUAACAUUUCUCAGUUGUAUAGUUUGCUAAACUGGGGGCGUAAGCCAAAUCUUCCCUCUGAAUACAUGUACCGGUAUACAUGUAUACAGUAGAACCCCGAUAACUCAAACUCGGUUAACUCGAACUCCCCACUAACUGUAGCCUCCCACGCAGGGCGUUUUUGAGGGAGUUCGAUCAAAAAUUGAUCAAAGAUUCAAUGAGAUUUACCCCGAUAAUUGGAAUUCUAGUUCUUGUAACUUCACUCGCAUGUCAUCCCAUUACCUCUUCUUUUUGCAUAAUCGGUAAAAACACUUAAACUCUAACGCUGGUCAAAACUACUUGAAUUUGAUUUUAAUUGUCGCAACGAACAGAUCACAUUUUAUCAUAAAAAAGUGUAACCACGGUACAUGAAUGAAAUAUUAAGUUAAAUUUACAUUGCACUAUACACUGAAGUGCUGAAAAAUCAAUAACUAUCAAUUUCUAAUGUAACAAAUAAAAUUUUCAAUUCGACAUCAGUAACUCGGACCCCCGCUAACUCGAACUGCUUUUCGUUUCCCUUCAGAGUUUGAGUCACCGGGAUUCUACUGUAGAUUUAGCCAAGGCUAAAAUCGGAGUUCUUAUUACAUUCUAGGUCAUUGUUCACCAGAAUUUGUCAGAAUUUAUAUAUAUGGUACAGUUAACCAUCCACUUCCGUUCCAUUAUUUAGCUGGUUCUGGUUUUGGCUACUUUCAUAUUUUUGGCUAAACUGAAUUAAAAUUCAGUCUGAAAUGCCUCUUGUUACAGACAAACGAAAAGCAUGUGGAAUUAUUGGUGGUGCUCUAAAAGUAAGCAGACAAUGGACUGUGCUGCAAUGUGAGAUCGAGUGCUGUACUGGAGAUAAAUGCAACUCACAGUUAGUGCCAACAUUAUCCUCUACAGCAUCGUCAGGUAUAUAAAAUGAAUUGCUUUAGUAAUUAUGUAUAACGUAAACUUUGUAGGCUUUACAAAUUCACAUCCCACCAUAGUAAAAAUGAGAUGGCUGAACAAACCUCCCGGGUUUAAGUGUUAAAAUAUGGUGGAAAGAUCUAGCUAAUUAUAUAAUUAAAUGGUUAAAGAGCUUAAACACAUGAUACAAGGAGUGUCGAAUAUUGCUCCUCAGCUCCAGACUGCCAAACAAAAACCGUGUAAGGGCGUAGUUCAGUUAGCUCCCGUUCUGGAUUUCUCUGAGUACUAAUAAUUGUUCUAGUUUGAGCUGCUUUCAGUUUUUAUACGAGUUGUACUUGCACGAAGUUUGCUUAACAAGUAAUAGAUCUGAUGUCGCUUGGCUUUAUAUUUUCCAAACUGUCUGGGCUAAAGCUUUGAGAUAUAGCGUACUUUCCCAAAACAUUUCUGGAAAAAAGAGCGGCUACUGAGGUACUGAAACAAGUCGGGAACCCUCAGAAAAGAAAAAUCUCUUUCCUAGUACCUUCUCCUUUUUUUUUUUUUAAUUCAGUCUUAGAUUAAAGGUGAUUAAAAAGAUUUGCUAGGGAAAAUUUUUAAUGAUUCAGUACCUGACUCUAAAGUGAUCAAAUAUCCAUAAUUGAUUUACGUUCCUGUCGAUCAACAACUUUCUUUUUUAAUGUAAUUUUUUUUCCAAUAUAGGUGGUACCAUAAACAUCCGACUGCAGUUCACUGGUGUGCUAGCCUUUACAGCUCUCUCUCUCAUCAUAUGGUGUUACUUUUAG